AUGGCUUCCGAAAGCAACCAUUCACCCGACCCACCAGAAAAUGCAGCAAACUCAUCGUCAACGACAACUCGUUCUCCAUCGAUGGUGCUAAGCAUAAAGACAUUGGAACAGCAAACGAAGCCUGUCACCAUAUCCCGAGAUGCUUCGGUCCUUGACCUCAAACAUGCCGUGCAAGGUGUCUUCCAAAUCGAAUCCAAUCGUCAACGACUUAUCUUCCAAGGCAAAAUGAUGAAGGACGGUCAAAACCUGGCAGAGUACGCCAAUCUCGAUACAGGCAAGGUGGUUCAUUUAGUGGUGCGUCCUCCUGGUGUACAGGCUAAUCCACAAAAUGAUGAGCCUCGUCCACAAACCAGCAAUCGACGCACUUACUCACGCGGUAUGCCACGAUUUCCAUUUAUGAAUGGUGGUUUCCCUAUGAUGGAAGGAUACACAUUCAUCACUUUGGAUGUCGGUGAUCGGACCAAUCCACUAUCUUCAUUGAUGGAAGGAUUGACUGGACCACUUAGUGCAUUACGGGCCACCAGAGAUAGCACUACUUCCACAUCAGCUACCAAUAGCACCUCAAACCGUAAUCGGGAUACGACGCCAUCAACCACUGCAUUUUCAACCACACUUCCUAGACCACAAUUCGAACAUCAACAUCUUGGAUCAAGAAGUUCAUCUGAUCUCGGCUCCAAUAAUACAACAGAGAAUCGAUCAUCAUCAUCAACAACAACACCUAAUACCCAAUUUCCGGCGUCGGUUGAAGUGCGAUUAAUGCGAACUAUGGGAUGUAUGCGAAACGUGAGAACGAUCCUGGAUACUCCAACCAAUCAAAGUAUCUCUGGCAUUGCAACCACAUCCAGCACAUCACCUGAAGUGGCUAAUGAAAUACGAGCAAGACUUCGAGGGAAUGGCAAUAGUCAAACAGCAGCUGUGGGAUUGGUAUUGGACGAGCUGGCAACAUUAAUGACGGAUGUCAUCCCCCGACUACGAGAGAUGUCGAAUGCUUUACGAGCUGGUGAUCGUGUGGCUAAUAGCGAAGAAAACAUGAACUUGUAUCGACGUGUAUUACGCACGGCACGCAUUAUCCAGGGAAUGAGCUUGAUUUACCAUUUCUUGGGAUCCGUCUUAGCUGCUGCUGAUAUCAGUCCUCGUCGUACCCGAACCAGAACAUCCUCGUCUACAACAGCACAACCUGCUCGUUCUGAUAUAACCACCAACCAACAACAAGCUAACACCAAUACACCAACACCCUCUAAUACGGACACUACGACGACUACUACGACUACUACAUCUACUAGCAUAGACCAUGAUGGGGGAUCCGAACAAGAAGCUCGAGGUGUCAAACGUAAGAACGAGGAGGAUCACCAUAGCAACGCAGAUGUCGGGGAAGGAUCAUCGUCUGAUUCACAAGAAAAGAAAGGCAAAGCUCGGAAAGAAAGCGAUUAA